AUGCCAUACUCGCUCCGACCCGAGGCCAAGUUGAAGCGACCCGCACGGUACAAUGAGACGGGCGACCUAGAUUUCAGUGAUUCACCAGAACCAAAGUCUGGAAACCGAGACUCGGUCAUCGAUUUAGAUGAGUUUUCCCUCUCAAAUACUUUGACCGCAGACCCGAGCACGCCUGAGCCUUCCUCUUUCACCACAGACGCGCUUCACCUCUCACAAACCCCACCGUCAAAGAUGGACAUAUCUGGCGUACCCCGCUCCUCGAUUCCAAGUACAAUUGGUAUCCCGAACCCCCCAAAGUCUCGCAAGAUGGCCAACGUCAAGUACGUUAAGAAACGUAGGCGCGAGGAUACUCCGCCAGAAAGCAAACGAGCAAGGCGCACCAACAAGGCUGCUCAGCGCGUAGCAGCUUCCUUAGAGGAUGAACCUUCGCCCGCCCUUUCCGCACCUAGACCAUCAGCGUUUCCCUCGCUGGCGGGUAACGCCCCACCACUACCGUCGGCUACUGUGGAGUUCACCAAACAUGGUCUGAGAGAGCUGAUGGAGGCUAUUGUCGACGAAGAUGACGAACGCGUGAGAAAGAUCAAACAUCAGUUUGCAGUUGAGUAUGAGGUGGGCACAGGCUUCUGGUACGAGGAUUUGAGGAAUAGCUGGCCUCCCAAAAUGGAAGAACGUGCAAUGACGUUCGAAAAUCUAUGGCCGCCAAUACGCCAGACCAUCAUCGAGCAGAUUCAAGACGACUUCGCCCCGGGAACCUAUUUCAGCUCUUUCUAUCCAGUACGUCGUAUUUUGGACAUCACAGAAGAGAAACUUGAUGAGAUUAUGGCUGAGAACGCCAAAGUUUGGGCCAACGACGAAAUCCCGUCCUACUUCAAAAAUUACAGGGAGCGGUACCCCAAAGCCAUCAUCGACCCCGAUGAGCCGCCGCCUCAAUGUGUCGUUGCAGCGAUCAUAUUUCUGAAGCAGCAUAGUCUUCCGGGUAGCUUAUUGGGUGAGUGGCAGAAGUUGCCGGCAAUUGAGGUAUUCCGCAAUCCUCAUGAGUUUCACCUUCCCACCAAGAAAGUUAUAAAGUCUGUCGGUCUGGUUUGCAUUCCUCACUCCAAACGUGAACAUCCUCACACCCUCUCGCUGUACCAGGCUCUUGAGCUGGCAUGGGAUAUCGAACAGGAUGCUAUGAAACAAGCCAACCGAAAGCAGCAAGAUACCAACAAGCUGUCGCAGCUGUCUUGCCGUGUUUGCGGGCAGAAAGGCCACACGUGGCGGGACCUUGACGAGAAUGGAGUGCACAAGUGCGCUCAGCGUCGGCAAGAAGUUACCCAACACAACACAGAACUCGAGAACCUCAGCGCGCAAGCAUCCGACGAAAUCGAAGCCAUCACUCAACGAGACCUCACAAUGAAAGCUGCCCCUCCAAACUCUACAUGGUCAACGUUCAGUCCCAUAGACGCCACUCCAUAUCUCGAAGCCUGGCAAGCAAACAGAGCAAACCCAAACAUACACUUCCAUCUCCGCCAUCGGGCAGGUCCACCUGAAGAUGGCCAAACCAAGUAUAUCAACCAGUUACAAAGAGGCAAUGAUUCGGACCCAAUGUGGAGACGAAAUCAAUCCACAAGCCGCUGGUCAAGGCCGGCCGCCAGCAUGUCCACUUCAGGUGUUUUUGGCAGAUCAACAAACCCACCUAGACCACAAACUGCGCCCCCGACCUUAAACCCUCCCCUCUGGCCGAAUACCCCCUACCUUGCUCAGCAGCAAGGAAUCCCACUUCAACAGCCUGCAAUACCCCACAUCCCGAAGAAGCGUGGUCCGUACAAGAAGAAAGACGGCAAGGAAGGUCUGGAUAGUACUCCGCCGCCAAACAGAGUGGUGGGACGAGAUGGCAUGGUCUUCUUGAGUAGUUCAAGACACGCACAUGAUGGGACUGAGUUGCAAAGACGGGUUGAGGUUGCAACGGUUGACACGGGAUUGGUGACACCGCCGCUACAGCAGCAGAAGCCACUACCUUUGGCAUCGACAGAAAGGGCUGUUGAGACACCUGCGAUGGAGAGGCAUGUGAGUACGAGAGCAAAGGUCGAGGCGACGCAACAGCCGCUGCUACCACCACCACCAGCAACAGCAUUUUCUGAGACAGUUGCGGUAUCUACAAUAGAGAGCGAUGUGGGUGUCAAUGGCAAUGUGGCUAGUGCUGCGAUAUUGCCUCCAUAUUCGUAUCAGGUUUCUCUUACGCAGACGCCGGGACGUGUGCCGUUGUUCGAGAAGACGGGAGCGGGUGAGAAGUAG